UCCCUGCCGCACCUUUUGCUCAGUGAACUAUAUAUACACCCUUAACUUUUGCAAUGAAGGGUGCUUGGCUCUGUUUAGCUACUUUCUCCCUGGCCUGUCUCAGUAGUAAGGCGCAGGACGGGCUCGAGUUUCCCAGGUAUGAUGGAAAAGACAGAGUUGGCACCGUCGACAUGAAGAACUACCAGAAGCUUUUGGAAAAGUACGAUAUCCUGUGCGUGUUGUAUCACGAGGCAGUCCCUGCAGGAGACAAAGUUGCUCAGAAACGGUUUGACCGGGCGGAGAUGGUGCUGGAGUUGGCAGCUCAGGUUUUGCAGGACAAAAACAUUGGAUUCGCACUUGUAGAUGAGAAGAAAGAUGCCAAGGUGGCCAAGAAACUGGGUCUGAUAGAGGUUGGGAGUGUAUACAUUUUUAAAGGCGAUCACCUGAUAGAGUUUGAUGGUGAACUAUCUGCUGAAGUACUGGUAUCAUUCCUCCUGGACGUGACUGAAGAUCCUGUGGAGAUCAUUGAGACCCGUGGAGAGGUUCGCUCUUUUGAAAGAACAGAUGAAGUUAUUAAAUUGAUCGGAUACUUUAAAAGUGAAGCUUCUGAACAUUACAAAGCCUUUGAAGAUGCAGCAGAACACUUCCAUCCCUAUAUUAAGUUCUUUGCAACUUUCAAUAAAGGGGUUGCGAAGAAACUUUCACUGAAGAUGAAUGAGGUGGAUUUUUACGAGCCUUUCAUGGGUGACUCAAUCACUAUUCCCGAUAAACCCUAUUCAGAGGAAGAAAUUGUGGAGUUUAUUCAAGAGCACAAAAGAUCAACUCUCCGGAAACUACGUCCAGAAGAUGUAUUUGAGACAUGGGAGGAUGACAUGGAUGGAAUCCAAAUUGUUGCUUUUGCUGAAGAAGAAGAUCCAGACGGUUAUGAAUUUCUAUCAAUUUUAAAAGAGGUAGCAAGAGAAAACACGAACAAUCCAGACCUAAGCAUUGUGUGGAUUGACCCUGAUGACUUCCCCCUGUUGUUCACUUACUGGGAGAAAACCUUCAAGAUCAACCUUCACAGACCUCAGAUUGGAGUGGUGAACGUCACUGAUGCUGAUAGUGUCUGGAUGGACAUUAAAGAUGAUGAUGAUCUACCAUCAUCUGAUGAACUAGAAGAAUGGCUUCAUGACGUUCUCUCAGGAAAAGUUAAUACAGAAGAUGAUGAUGAUGAUAACGACGAUGAUGAUGACGAUGACGACGACGACGAUGACGACGACGACGAUGAUGACGAUGACGACGAUGACGAUGACGAUGAUGACGACAAUGAUGACAAUGACUAAUGUUUUUCAUUUAUUAGCAAUUAACUACAAUAUGAAUAAAAUCAUUCUAAAUGUUUAAAGUUAUUUCAGAAAGAUAUUUGUAAUUUGAGACAAAUAUUUGAAAUAACUUCAAAUUCUCAUAGCAAUCAAAGUAAAAGAUCAGAUUUUAA